AAGACUUUAAACAUCAUAAAUUAAUUUUUCCUUUUGUUUAUAUUAAUAUUGUGGUUAAGAUUAAUUAUUGAGCUAUUGCACUUAAGUGCAGGAAAGUGUAACAUUUUAAGUUUCUCAUCUCUACGUAUUGUCAUAUCUGUGGUCAUCUUCCUAUUGAAAAGGAAAAGGUAGUACUUUCCUUUCUGUUUUUGUCAGCCAUGAUGUAGACUUCAACAUUUUUGUGCUCGUCACGUAUCCAUCGACAUCCAUGUCGAAAGUUGUGUAUUUACUACUGCAUAAGCGGUCCGGGUGUUGGCGACCUCUCGCUGCCCCAUGCCUGAGGCGUGAUCCAUAAGCUUUGCCCAUAACAUCUGGGCACCCCAGGGCUUGUCCCGUGGUUCUACGGCGAUGGGAGCCGCCAACAAAAAUCCCAGGAAAGUUUUCGACGACUAAAUCCUAAGCAUGCAGCAUGGGUAGUUAACCUGUUUCGGCCACGCGUAUCUUCUUGCAAUUUCAUCGACUAUUUCAUCAAACUACCCCUUUGGCAUCGAAAUCAACAUUUAAUUAAUGAGCAAUAUUUUAAUGAUAAUAUUUUAAUACUUUCUGUAUCUUAAAUUUACGUUAAUUAUUUUGAAAAUGUAACUAAGUAAUAAUUAUUUUGAAAAUGUAACUAAGUAAUUAUUUUGGGGCCCCAUUUUUGUUUUGACUGUACGAAUACUCAACUAAUACUCUUUUAUUAUCUUGUUUAAAUAAAUAUGUUUUGUUAUGGCUGACCCGAUAUCAGUGUGUAUUUUAUGUUGCAAUUACCUAACGUUUUUAUUUAAUUUCUUAUUUAUAUAAAUUCUUAACAGGUUAUCUACUUUUGUUCGGUAGUUUUCCCAGUCGGCAUAUUUCCUCUCUACUCAUUAUUUAUUUAAUACAACAAAGUGCCGUGCCAUUGAGCCUAAGGUCCUGGAGUCUUCCGUCGUGAUUUGCCUUGGUGAGGUUUGGUAAACCGAACCAAGAGUAAAUUAACGCCUCAAAAAGAUGGUAGCAGAGCUGGUGGUUCUGGCAUGUUGCUUUGUUGUGUUUCUUGUGCAUGUGUAGGAUAUUUUAUUUUCCUUGCAUGUGUCCCUGCCUCAGAGUUUUGCAUGGCUUGGAGAUAGCAAUAGUUUGUUUUGUUAAUUUGGUCUUGGUAUAAGUUUUGUAAGUUAUUUGUUUAUCAUGACGUCUACUAUUGUGCCUGAGUUCUUGUUAAAAGAUGAACUUACUUUUGAGUGUCUUUCACGUGGUCUACCAUGUGAAAACACCACAACUGCCGUUUUGCGUAAAUCUCUGCGCACUGCCCUUCAGAAUAAUGUUUCUGUUGUUAGUGAUAAUUUAAAGGACAUUGACCCUAAUGAGGAAUUUAAUUUGGUCUCAAGUAAAAUCCUUGUGUUACAAGAGUUAGUGACAAAUCUUGUUGACGAUGAGAAUUUUGCGCUUACUUUGCCUAGAGUGAGAAAUAGGUUGAGACAUUUGGAACGACGCGUUCAAUCCCUGUUAGAGUUACAUUCUCUUGUUUUGUCUGAGGUCCAGGUUGCCUCAUUAAAAAAUGUUUUUGCAGAAGUUAAGAAACUACUUGAACUUGUCAGUAAAUCAGAAUUAGAUUUUUCCCUUUUAAGAGACCUGAAUCCUGUGUCAUCCAUGACACAAGUCUGUGACCGUCUUGCUGGGCUAGCAUUGCCCUCUGCCUCUAAGCAGCAUCCUACUACUGCACCUAUUCCAGGUCCUUCUCAUGUGAAUUCCGAUCCUCCUGUGGUUGGUCUACCUAACCUAACCUACACCACGGUGACACCGCCCACGAGUUCAAAUUCUCGUGUCACGUUUAGUAAUGCAUCAUGUGUACCACACCCAGUGACAACACAUAACACUUCAUUGCCCAAUGUUUUUGGUAAAUUGACUCACCCGCUAGAAAAAAUGUUAAAGGAUUUUCCGACCACUGAUGGUCUGCACAUUCCUACCUUUUUGAAUUUUCUCAAGCUUAUCGUCAAACUGAGACAAAGUAAUAGUAUACAUGAAUCUCAGAUUUUAGAGGUUAUAUACCCUUUUACGCUUGGUCCGUUGGCUGAAAGGACACAGUUGGCCAUUACACAAAUGUUUUCGUUUGAUCAGUAUCAUGAAGACAUACUUAGUUUCUUCAUCCCAUCUAGGCUACUGACCCAACUACAGUUGAAUAAUUACAACAGAUUACAAAAGCCAGGUGAACAUCUUGCAGCCUAUGUUUAUGAGGUAAAUGAGGCGGCUGCUAUUUUUCGUUUGCAAGUUAGUGAACAGGAGGUGAUUAACACCAUUUUAGAUGGGCUUACACCUGAUGAACGGUCCAGAUUAGUUUUUCUAACUAGGCCUUGUACAUUUUCUGAAUUGGAUAGGAUGUGCAUUCACUCCCAAAAUGUCCGUUUUGCGGAUCAUCAAAGAAACGGGUCGUUUUCUCAGUAUUCUGGAAAUAAACAAUUCAAGUAUUAUUCUAGCCCGCGUACUGAAAUGCAUCCCAGCCAUAAUACAGUAUUGAGGACCUCAAACUCACGAUUUCAGAAUAAUACACCAAGAAAUCAGAAUCAAACUUAUCAUGGGCCUAUCUGCCAUUUUUGUAAGAAGCCUGGGCAUGUAAUAAAAGAGUGUAGGGAACUAAAACAAAAAAAAAUGCUUAAAGCAGGGAAGUAAAGUGAGCGGCUUCCACUGCAAAACUAAACAAGCCAAUAAUUCUCAAUAAUAUGCUCACCUAUUUCGUCAAAUCAAAUCUGCCUGGCAUUUUCAAAGAAACUUUGGAAUCCAAAUUCCUUAUAAGCGAAACCCAGAUCAUAUUGGUAGUCUUGGUCUUCCUAAUUUUGUGGGUUUAAGUCCUGCCCCUGUUCCUCGUAUACCAGUAAGUUUCAAUAAUUUUGAGGAAGAAGCUCUUGUAGAUUCAGGAUCCACACGUUCCAUUAUUUCAUAUGAUUUGUUUUCUAAGUUAAAAGCAGCUAACCUAGUCAAGUUUGUGGAGAAAGGUGAUUUCAAGUGUUACACUGCAUAUAAUGACGUGUUACCCAUAAUUUGUCGUGCGACUAUCAAGUUGAAAAUUGCACAUUUUACUUGGAUGUUUCCAUGUUUGGUUUCUAAAGAGGUGAUUUUAGAUUUUAUUCUAGGAGCGGAUUUUAUGUCCAAAUCUGGACUUGUCCUAGAUAUGCAAGAAAAGAGUGUUUUUUUUUAAGUUUCAGCCUAACCUUAAAAUACGUUUUGUGGGCACCAAGCAGCAACAUGAUAAACUUGCAGAAAUUAGUACAGAGAGCAACAGUAAUAAAGAACAUGACCCAUUGGAUCAUUUACCUCAUCAACAGCGUAUCGCUAUUAAAAAUUUGUGUGAACAAUUUCCUAAGGUUCUAACCUCAGAAUUAGGGAUUACCAAACUGUUGGAAUACGAAAUCAAACUUAAUGAUAAAAGUUAUGUCAAAAGUCAACCUUACCGUCUUGCACCUCCCCAAAUGAAUCUUUUGAGACAGGAAGUACAACAAUUAUUGGAUAAAGGGGUCAUUGAACAAUCUACUUCACAGUAUGCGAGUCCCGCAUUUUUGGUCCCUAAACCUAAUGGCAAACAAUGUAUGGUUGUAGAUUUUCGUAAGCUUAACCAAAAAAUUGAAAUUGAGUCUGUCCCUUUGCCUGAUUUGCAUUCGGCAUUUUAUUGGUUUUCUAAAGCAAAAUAUUUUACCACCAUUGAUCUAAAUUCAGCAUACCAUCAAAUUCCUUUGAAACAGGAGUCAAAACCAAUUACUAGUUUUUGCGUACCAUGGAAUUUAUACCAAUUUACUCGUGUUCCUUUCGGUCUUGCGACAGGCACACAGGUUCUCACACGAUUAUUGGAUCAGAUUUUUCAUGACAUCAAAUUUAAGUUUGUUUACAACUAUUUGGAUGAUCUGGUGGUAUAUUCCGAAAGUUUCGAGGAACAUUACCAACACCUGAAAGAAGUGCUGUCUCGUUUGGAAAAGGCAGGUUUAACAGUGAAUCCCCAAAAGGUUAAAUUUGCAGUUCAGGAAAUUUCAUUUCUAGGUCACAAAAUUUCUUCUCGAGGCAUUUCCAUUGACCCUGAACGUACCAAAGCAAUUAGAGAUUUUCCACCACCCCGUGAUGUCAAGGGUAUAGCCAGAUUCAUCAGUAUGAUUCAGUUCUUUGGAAAAUUUAUCCCUAAUUUAGCGGAAAAGGCAGUCCCUUUAAAUCACUUACGAAAAAAGAAUGUGAAAUUUGAAUGGGGAGAGGAACAACAAAAGGCAUUUGAAACUUUGAAACGGGAUAUUAUGAGUCCACCUGUUCUCCGCAUGGCAGAUUUUUCAAAACCCUUUAUUUUACAAACUGAUGCUUCUAGUUCAGCCAUAGGCGCAGUUUUGGCACAAGAGUUCGAUGGUGUUAGACACCCUAUUGCAUUUGCAUCCAGAACACUCACUUUUCAGGAGAAGAAAUCAUCAAUUUAUGAAUUAGAAUGUUUGGCUGUUGUUUUUGGUAUCGAUAAAUUCAGACCUUAUUUAGAGCAUGCAGAAUUUUUGUUGGAAAACGAUAACCAAGCAUUAUCGUGGCUUUUGGCUCACCCACAUCAACUAGGCAAAAUUGGUCGUUGGGUUAUGAGAAUUUCUUCACUAAAGUUUAAAGUUCAACAUAUCCGUGGAACACAGAAUGUAGUUGCGGAUACCCUUUCACGCAUGUUUAAUGAUACUCAGGUUGAUAAACCUCUAGAUGAAGCUGCUUGUAAAGUACUCUUAACCGAUUUUCCCUUAGCUUUCAAAAAUAUUCAGGCUCAUCAGCAAGAGGAUGAAGAGCUGCAGAAAAUUGUAACGAGUUUAAGAUCCGGCGUUUCCGAGGGCCCAUAUUUUUUAUCUAAAGGUAUCUUGUAUUCAAGAAUUCGAAAUAACCAGAAACGUAUUGUGCUACCUAAAAUUCUGAAACCAGUUGUAUUUGAAUAUUUUCAUUCCUCGCCUAUUGGCGGACACCUUGGCAUUCAUAAAACUAUAGAGACUAUAAGGAAACAUUUUGUGUGGAAAGGUAUGCACAGUGAAAUUUCAGAACGAGUUAAGAAAUGUAAUCUGUGUGCUUUUAGCAAACCUGCUCAAAAUACCCAUUUGGGAUUAUUGGCUUCAGAGGUCGCUGAACGGCCAAUGCAGACAUUAUUCAUAGAUUUUGUUGGCCCUUUGCCAAGGAGUAAGCAAGGGCAUAAUAUGUUGUUAGUUUGUGUUGACGCCUUUUCCAAAUUUGUUUGGCUUAUUCCACUUCGAAAAGCUGAUGCACCUUC